AUGAAGAUGUUAACUAAAGCCAUAUCAUUAUUUCAAAGAUCAAGUGCUGCAAAUGUCCAACUAAUGACAAAAAGGACAUUACUGAAGCACAAUAUCAAUCACAUUACAAAUAGAAAGGUAUUGGAUAGAUAUUUGCGUCUGCCUAUGCCCUGUAAUAAGAUAUUAGCAACAUACAUAUGGAUUGACGGUUCUGGAAUAAACAUGCGAUGUAAGGAUAGAAUAUUGAAUUGCACUCCUUACUGCGCGGAAGUAGCACCGGGUUGGGCGUUCGACGGCAGUUCGUGCGGACAAGCUGCGACCGACAAUUCAGAUACUACAUUAAAACCGGCUGCUGUCUGUAGGGAUCCAUUCCGUAUGGAACCGCAUGUUUUGGUGCUGUGUGAAGUGUACCAGGGAGGUGGAACUGAACCUGUGCCCACUAAUUAUCGCCAUUUUUGCAAUGAAUAUGCUGAAAUGUGGAGAGACGAAGAACCCUGGUUUGGUAUUGAACAAGAAUACACGUUGUUAGACAAUGAUGGAUGGGGCUUUGGCUGGCCAAAAGGUGGUGGAUUUCCAGCUGUAAAAUAUGAGUUUUCAUAUUGCGGAGUUGGAGCAAAAUACAUUGCAGGCAGAGACAUUUCAGAAGCACAAACAAGAGCUUGUCUCUACGCCGGCCUUGACUUUGAGGGAACCAAUGCUGAAGUUAUGUUUGCGUGCUGGGAGUUCCAAAUCGGGACAUCAUUGGGAAUGAAAGGACCAGACGAUUUGUGGUUGGCCCGGUAUAUAUUGGCUCGUGUAGGUGAAGAAUAUGGUGCACAAAUCACUUAUCAUCCCAAGCCAUUUGGAUCUAAACAUCCCGGUGUAGGCUUGCAUCACAAUUUCAGUACUAAAAAGAUGCGGAGUGACGGAGGGUAUCAGUUCAUAGAAGAAUGUAUUAAACGUUUAGAGAAGAAUCAUAUGAAACACAUGGCAAAAUACAGCAACGAAGAGUACACUAACAGAAUGAGACUGUCUGGAAAAUUUGAAACUGCACCAUUUGAUAAAUUUUCUUGGGGUAUUGCUAAUAGAAAAGCGUCCAUUCGUCUUCAAAGAAACAUUAAAGAGAAAGGAAAAGGAUUCAUGGAAGACAGGCGACCCGGUGGCGAUGCUGACCCGUAUGCAGUGUGUGGUUUGCUGAUGGAAACUUGUCUGGGGAAAAAAGGCGGCGGGGGUCAAUGCCCGUAG